CCGCCAGGUAGGCUCCUCGAACUCACAUCUUACCAAAGGUAGACGCCAAACUGACGUAGGAGCAUCCGUAAUUUGACGUAUGUACACCCCCCAUCGCGAUCACACACACACACACACACACACACACACAACGCACAAACCAGCCCUCCCCAUCACCAGUAUUUCCUCUUGGCAGACGAAUAACGCACAGUUUCUCGCUCCCUCCAUCUCAGCCAGCGGUUUCUUAAGGAAUAAGCUAACCAGAAAACAAGGGAAAUUCUUUCUUAUCACUACAAAACAUUUCGGAGUUUUCUCUGCUUUCUUCGGAGCAUCUAAGCUGUUUGUAGGCUACAUAUAUAUUUUUUCCUCAUCUGGUUGAAUUUCCUCUGAGAUGGAAGUGAGAUGUCGUCCAGCGGUGAUGUGUUGUGUUUUCGCCAUCCUUUUCUCCGUGGUUCCCCGGUCGCUGGAGUCCUCUUACAGGGACAGACAGUACCUAAACGAGUGGGCAGUGGAGAUCCCAGGCGGACUGGCCGCUGCAGAGGGGAUCGCCAGAGAGCUGGACUACAAACUGGUCCGACAGAUUGGGGCCCUGGAAGACCAUUUCUUGUUCAAACACCGCAAUCAUCCUAGCAGAAUGAAACGAAGCGCCAGCCAUAUCACCAGGCGGCUGUCGGAGGAUGAUCGGGUGCUGUGGGCAGAGCAGCAGUACGAGAAACGUCGCAGCAAGCGAGCAUCCCUCGGGGAGUGCAGGGACUGCCCAGUGGAUAAGCUGUUUGAUGAUCCCAUGUGGAACCAGCAGUGGUACCUGCAAGACACACGGACUUCUUCUUCGCUGCCGAAGCUGGACCUGCAUGUGAUCCCUGUGUGGCAGAAAGGCAUCACAGGAAAAGGAGUGGUCAUCACCGUUCUGGAUGACGGGCUGGAGUGGAACCACACAGACAUCUACUCCAACUACGAUGCAGCAGCCAGCUACGAUUUCAACGACAACGACCCGGACCCUUUCCCCAGAUACGACUCCACUAAUGAAAACAAACAUGGGACCAGGUGUGCUGGGGAGAUCGCUAUGCAGGCAGACAACAAUAAAUGUGGUGUUGGGGUGGCAUACAACUCCAAGGUUGGAGGGAUUCGUAUGCUGGAUGGGAUUGUGACUGAUGCCAUCGAGGCCAGCUCUAUUGGGUUCAAUCCAAACCAUGUGGACAUCUACAGUGCCAGCUGGGGACCCAACGAUGAUGGCAAGACAGUGGAGGGCCCUGGCCGCCUGGCCCAGAAGGCAUUUGAAUACGGUAUCCAAAAGGGCCGUGGUGGAAAAGGCUCUAUCUUUGUUUGGGCAUCAGGUAAUGGUGGGCGCCAGGGCGAUAACUGUGACUGUGACGGUUACACAGACAGCAUCUACACCAUCUCAAUCAGCAGUGCCUCCCAGCAGGGCCUGUCCCCGUGGUACGCUGAGAAGUGCUCCUCCACUCUGGCUACAGCAUACAGCAGUGGAGACUACACCGACCAGAGGAUUACGAGUGCUGAUCUGCACAAUGAGUGCACUCAGACUCACACUGGAACAUCGGCCUCUGCCCCCCUGGCUGCUGGUAUAUUUGCCCUGGCACUGGAACAAAACCCAGAUCUUACCUGGAGAGACCUGCAGCACAUUGUGGUCUGGACCUCAGAGUUCGAUCCUUUGGCCAAUAACCCAGGCUGGAAGAGGAAUGGAGCGGGGCUGAUGGUCAACAGCCGCUUCGGCUUCGGCCUUCUCAACGCUAAAGCCCUGGUGGACCUCGCUGACCCGGCCUCUUGGAAGCAUGUGCCUGAAAAGAAGCAAUGCAUCGUCAGGGAUGAUUCUUUCCAGCCCAGGGAGCUGAAAGCAGCAGGGGAGAUCACUAUAGAGAUUCCAACCAAAGCCUGUGCAGGGCAAGAGAACGCAGUCCGCUCAUUGGAGCAUGUGCAGGUGGAGGCCAGCAUUGAAUACACCAGGAGAGGGGACCUGCACAUAACACUCACCUCCCCAGCCGGUACAAGCACAGUGCUGCUGGCUGAGCGGGAGAGGGACACAUCCUCUAAUGGCUUCAGGAACUGGGACUUCAUGUCUGUCCAUACAUGGGGAGAAGAUCCUGCUGGUACAUGGACCCUAAAGAUCACAGAUACUUCGGGCCGUAUGCAGAACGAAGGUCAGAUUUUGGACUGGAAGCUGAUUCUUCAUGGGACGUCAGAGAAGCCAGAGCACAUGAAGAAACCUAGAGUGUACAUUCCCUACAAUGCUGUGCAGAAUGACCGCCGUGGUGUGGAACAUAUGGAUGACAUGAUGGAGGAGCCCACACAGCCCUAUCCACCUCCAAAGACUGAGACUGCACAAGAUUCCCUUCCUUCCAACCCAGAGAAGGACCCCAGAAAGCCCUCAAAUCCACCCUACUCCCCCUCCAUGGCCCUGCUGCGUCUUCUUCAGACGGCCUUCAACAGACAGACCCCUGCCCAGCAGCAACCCCAGUCCGUAGCCAAGACCUCCUCCACCUGGAGGAAACAGCAGCCGGGCCAGAGCCUCUCUCCUCCUGCAACAAGACUCCCCUCUCAAUCAUUGUACCAGGCUCUGGACAUGAUCAACAAGUACCGGGGCCGGGCCCCCGAGGACAGUGUCUACAGUGACUACACUGAUGGCUUCUACAGCACCAAGCCGUACAGGCACAGAGAUGACCGACUGCUGCAGGCCCUGUUUGAGAUGAUAGAUGAUUACCGUAAUUGAAGGCCUUGAGGAAAGGGGAGGAGGAGAGGGAAGAGGAGAAGAAAUAUAUAAGAUUAUGGGGAUGCAUGGUUACGUGUUGGUUGGGGAGCAGAGUAACAAGGCGAAUAGAAGAGAGGAAGCAUUGGGAUUGGAUCGGGUAUUGGAUGAGUGGAGGAGAAGAGAAGAAAUACACGAAAGCGAACUCUUCCACUAGUCCCACCCCCCCAAAAAAACAAGCAAAUGCUGCAUAUCUCACAUUUUUAAUCUUCAUUUAAUUAUGUCAUUCAGUCAUGGAAAAUUUCCAGUCCACACGUGAUUCAAAACUUGUUUAGGGCCUCUCUGCUACACAAUGUAUCUCCAUGUAGUGCAAGUGAAAGCAUUUAAAUCAUAAGAAAAGAGGGGUAGGCCUUGUCUCUCUUCUCUUCACUGCCUGCUUAAGCAUGCCACCUUUAGAAUAUAAGUUUUGUAUAAGUAUCUCUCUAUAAUCUAUAUAUUAUACAAAGACAAUGAUUGUAAUAUGGUUUUGAAAACACAUCUAAAAUCUUCACUUUCCAAAAAACCUUUUCCAUUUCUAUUCAUAUUGCAUAUGUUUUAUUUUCAAUAUGUUUCACACUAUUAUGGGACACCUACUCACUUUAGAGGAAAAAAAAUCAUCCUUAAAAAACUGACAUAAAGUCAUGAAAUUGAAGUCAGCAUACAUUCAAAAUGAAGCAAAAUUCAAAAGCAAUCCACAAUUUGAUAUGUUUGAUCUGUGUUGACAAAAGAUUUAUUCUCAGGGUGUCAACAGAGCUCAAGAAAGUAACAAAAUCAUAUUCUGGCCUCUUCUAAGUAUUAAGAGAAAUAUAUUGUGUAAAAGAUUAUAUACUAUAAAGGUAUGCAGAUGAGACUAUACAGUACCAAUACACUAUUAUAAAAGACAAAAUAUAAGCAACCUCUACUCUGGUAAUAGUAACAACAGAUAGGAUUUCUUUCAGUUGGAGAAUAGCGAUACAUUCAAAGUGGAGGAAAAUUACAGAUUAAUCUUCAUGUGUGCUAUUUGUUUAAUUUUGUAUAAGUACAAUGCUGCAUUAAAAGAAAUAUUUUUCUAAGGAUCCUCAUAGUUUAUGGAAAUAAUAUAUACAGUAUCGAACCCUUGAACAGUUUAUUUUCUUGUGGCGUAGUUCACUUAAUAUCUGAAAAAUCAAAAAUGAGCACUGCCAAAAUAUUUGCUGUCAAAAAGCUUCCGUGUAUUUCAGUGAAGGUGCGAGUGGCUAACAUGUUGUUUGUUUAUCAUCUGCAAUAUGCCAACAACAAACAGUUCCUUGAAUCCUUGACAGAGUAUUGCAUUACAAUUACUUCUCUGUCAUUAUUUAUUUGAUAUUAAUGGACCUAUUACACUUCAGAAAAGGACCAGAAACUCUGUAGAAUAGGGGGCUCUGCACCACAACCUUCAAGCACAUUCAUCUUAAACGCCUUAAAAUAUGCUGUAAUAAAUGUGCAUACUCAUCACCCCAUGGUGUAGAUCAAUGUACAGAUGCUGGUUUAAGUGUUUAUGACAUGAAUAGCUAUGAAUCCUCUAUGCAGAAUCUCCAACCUCCAGCUUGGAACUGCCUGCCCCGCUUCUCUGCCAACAAGGUGUCAGGAAAAAGACGAUGUUUGGGGCAAUGCUUCACAUGCACCCUGUAAUUUAUCCAUUCUUUAGUGUAGCCCGUGCUGUUUACUUGUUUUGUUUUUUUCAGUCCAAAGUUGUUUACACAAACCAAUAUUAUGUUGCAAUUUCUGUAUCGAUGUACAAAAAAAUUAUGACAUUUAUCUUAAUAAACUGCAAAGUGAC